AAAAACUAAUUUUUACAUAAUAUUUCUCAGAAAUUCUCGGUCGCUCCAAAAUCAGGGAUAUACAUCUUCGCACACUACCAGGCAUCAGACGACCAGUAGAGAAGGGGUAUGUUUUCUCAGAACAGGUAGAUAUGGGUCGGGGUUGGGGUCCUAGAUGCCGGUGCCGCCAGGAGCGCUACCCUUGUUUCCGUACUGGGCGUACGCUUUCUGGCCUUGGUCGACCAUGUUGCUUUCCGCCGGCGGCAGCGGCGUUGUGGGUGGUUCCGGUGGUUCCUGCGGCUCCUCCGGUGGCGGGCUUGUUGAGCAGGCCUGAGGCGGCGUUUUUGAGGGCGUCCAUUUUGAAGGUUUCUUGGGGGUGUUUGUGGGUUGGUUUUUGGUUUUUUUUUGUGAGGGGUUUUGCGGAUGAAGGUGAGAGGGCGGGGAGUGGGUUAUGGAUGGCUUUUAUAGGCGUUGCGAUGGGAUGCUCAUCAGUGCCUGUGCCUGCCAGUGUGCCCCCCACCGGUCCCUCCAGUGCCUCCACACAAUAUUCACGACGGGAUCCCUUUCCUCAUCAGUAACUUCAUAUAUGUACCACCGAUCCAUGCCCGCCAAGCAAGCCGCAGUCGUCACAAAUAUCCCUUCCCUCCACCCUCA